CACUAAUGUGCUGAUCUCAGAUGACCAACAUUUCAAAUGGAGGACUCAUCUCUACAGCUGCUGCUGGUUCUGAUCUCACUGCUGAGCUGCACAACCAACCAAGCCUCUCUGACUGUGAGUCCAAGCAGCUCUCAGAUGUUUAAAAGACAGUCUGUCUCUCUGAGCUGUGAGGAGGACGACAGCUCUGCUGGAUGGACUCUGAGGAGGAACACAACCAGAGACACCAGGACUCAGUGUGGAGAUGGCUGGGGAAGACCUACUGGUGUUAAUUCUUCCUGUAACAUCAGCUACAUGGUCCCAUGGUACAGUGGAGUUUACUGGUGUGAGUCCAGAGAGGGAGCAACCAGUAACAGCAUCAACAUCACUGUCACUGAUGGACCAGUGAUCCUGCAGAGUCCUGUCCUCCCUGUGAUGGAGGGAGAAGACCUCACUCUGCUCUGUAGAACAAAGACGUCCUCCAACCUCCCAGCUGGUUUCUAUAAAGAUGGCUCCUUCAUCAGGACUGAGCCUGCAGGUCACAUGACCAUCCACCAUGUUUCCAGGUCUGAUGAAGGCCUCUACAAGUGUCUCAUCAGCAGUGUUGGAGAGUCUCCACCCAGCUGGGUCUCUGUCACAGAGAGUGAUCCUGCUGCAAUCUACUCUGAAGUGAGAACAGAAGACGUCUGUUACGGACAAAUAGUGAUCAAAGAUAAGAAAUCAAACAGGAAGAGAGAGCCUCCAGCAGACCCAGAGGUCCUCUACUCCUCACUGAGGAAGACCUGAACACCAUCACACCAGUCCAACCAGUGGAGUCCAGCCGGCCAAUCACUGGUCCCCAGAGACCCUCACACCUCGCUACAUUGAUCUGUUUGAUUUCUUAUUAAAGCUAAAUGAGAUUAAUGCAGCAGCAAAGAGACAAACCACUUAUAUUUAGAGCAUGUUUGCGUUCUUUCAACGGGUUUGUGCAAAAAAUACUUCCCCUAUAAGUGUUUUGUACGGUUCACAACACCAACAAAUAUCAACUGAACAGAGUCUAAUGAUAAUAACUAUUUACUGAUAUUGAUAUAUUGUAUUUAUGAGCUUGUUUCUGUGCAGGAUCAAUAAACUCUGGUGUCUCCUCGU